GUCCGUAUGAAUUUUUUUUAAUAUUCCCCCGCCUUGAUAACUAGUCCAUGCUCUUUCGAGUUGUAAAUGUAUUGUUUGGCAGUUUAGCUAAUAAAGCUAUUUAUCACAUUAUAGACAAAGAAUAAUUGCGAUUUCGGAAGUUAAAAGUGAGCAGACCAAUGAUUUGUUGUGUGUGUGUAUAAGUUAGCUAACUAGUGUGACAAAUCUGUUUUGUCUUUACAAACUUACUUUAAAAAUAAGUUAACUUACAUGUUUGAAGACAGCUGUAAGAAAACUGCGUGAUCAUCGCCGUGACCGUUAAAAGGGUCUGGUGUGGCCCCUCCAAGUCCUGCAGUGAAUCCGCGGAGACAUCAGCCCAUCUUUCGCCGCGGUCGACCUCCUCAUUCCCGGCCCCCGCCCGAAAGCUAGGGGGCGCUGUGCUGUGGCUUCGGGCCCAGGGCAGGUGGAGAGAGGGCCAACAGUCUGGGUGCAGCGGGGUCUGAGCCCAGAAUGAGUGCACUCAAGCAGCAGUGCGAGAAAUGAAACAGAGGAAUAACGAACUGAAAUGGUGAGAAGUAUCGUUUUUAACUGGGCGAAGGACGGGGCCAUGGAAGUGUGGAACCUCAUCUUCAAAGGAAUGUAUCUGACCCUGGACGGCGGGAUUGAGUCGCCACGGCAACGGCGGCUCUGAGAGCAGGCGGCGGCAUGGCGGGGGACCGCGGCCGGGCCGGGGACUCGGGGGAGUCCUCCUCAGCCAGCUCGGGGGGGUCCGGCGCCAGCUGGCAGAGGGGGUGGGACGAAGACUUCUGCAGCCAGAUGGACGAAAAUGGAAUCAUCGGUCUGAGCCAGGCGGCGGAGGAGGCGGGUCUGGAGGUGGGCGGGGCCGAGGAGGGGGAGGGCGACGCUGUCUUUUACCAGGACCCCCUGCAGGUUCAGAGCUUUCACCUGAGUGACCUGCAGGACUCCAAGUCACCUGGAGGGGACAGCCAUGCCCUGUCGCUCUGUGACCUGGACGAGCUGGGUUCAGAAAGCCAAGCAAGUGAGGAAGACGAGGGUAGCUGGCUGAUCCGCAGGCUGCCAGAGAGAGACAGAGAGCUCCGCAUGACUGACAAUGAAGAAGAGGAGGAGGAGGACACCAACGACCACAAGGGAUUCUCCGACUCCUCCCUUUUUUGGGGCGCAGUUGGUCCCAGGGACAGACAGCACCGGAUGGAGGCCCCUGAACCCGGACGGGCAGAGGAAAGGGACCUCAGUCCGGUGGGUCGUUGUCACGGCGAUCACAGCGAAGAGGAAGUGGCAGCAGUGCAGGUCAGCAGGGACUCCCUGGAGGAGAGCCAUGAGGGGGGUCUGCUCAGGAACACCCUUCCUCUACAGAGCUCAUAUCCGCCUCUAUCCACAUUGCCCCCUGCUGGAGGACCCUGGCAUUUCCCGGAAAGUUUCAGUAGCACCCCUGUCCAUCCGCGUUUUAUCGACAGCCCUGGGUUCGAGAGCGAUGCCGUUACCGAGUGUGUCUUAGAGACCCAGGCGGAGUCACAUCAUGGUCAAUGGAUCCAUGGCCCAAGAGGAGGGAACUCCCCCGAUUUUGAGCGGGUGGAGUCCCAGGAUAGGAGGGACUUCUCUCCUGCAUCCUGCUCCUUGCAGUCCAGACGGGUGCUCGCGCAGGGAACCGGACUGGCGGAGUUGGAGGCGGAAGACGAGGAGGCGGAUGGGAGACCAGAGGGACCCGACUGCCCUCUUCCCGCUUCCCCGUUACCACGGUCGCCUAAGCCGAUGCAUGGUAUACCACAGGUCCCGUCACCUUCUGGGUCGCAGCGUACCCGCAAGGUUUGGCAGUCACCCUCAGACCACGCCCCCUGUUUGAGGGUCCCCAAGGCGCUCAGGACAUCAGCUGGGGAGUCUCCAAGACGAAGGUGCAGCCAGGACAGCAGUCGCUAUGGUCAAGGACAGCUGAAUCACCCUCUGCCAGAUUUGUCCAAAGUGCAGCCCAGGGUCCACUUCCCCAAAGCGGGCUACACGCCACCCAAAAGCAAGGGGGGCCUCCGAAAGCAGAGUCUGGCCAGUGAGAAACCCCUGGUCUUUAAGUCCCCUGCUGACAUCGUGAGAGAGGUUCUGAGCAGCCCCGGCGCCCCUCCGCUCUCUCGGGCCCCCCUGACCCCAUGCGGGCCCCGGAGGCCCCUCGACACAACCAUGCCGCAGGAGUUCCGCUCCCCGCGGCAGGCCAGCGCACUCGUGCAUCAGCUGCAGGAGGAUUACAACAGGCUGCUCACCAAAUACGCAGAAGCUGAGAACACUAUCGACCGCCUCCGGCUGGAGGCUAAGGUCAACCUGUACUCCGACCCUCCUCAGCCCAGUUACCCUGACUACACCGGGACCCUCCAUAUGGGGUCAAAGGUCAUGACCAUGACUUUUCCCCGAGCCCAAAGAGCAGAGCUGGACCCAAUUGCUGUCUCCAUAGGAGCUGGUCCAGAGGAAACUGUGGAAACGGGCGGGUCUCCCUCAGUUCCUUCCACUUCGGCCUACGCUUUUGCCUGCAGCCUGGGCCCCCGAUUUGGAGAGCACCUGACUGAGGCCCUAUCCAGGCAGGCUGGCAGGUUCCAGAUGCAGGUCGACGCCUUUGAAGAGCUUCUGAGGGGAGGGAAACUGAAGCCAUUUGAGGUGCUGAAGGGCCUCUCCUGCCUGGCCCAGGGACAGGGCUCGUUGGAGAGGGGGUACCUGAAGGCGAGAGAAGAGCACAGACUUCUGCAGCAGCAGGGGACAGAUCCGGGACGCUUCGACCCACACAGGGAGCUGGAGGGGGAGAUAUUCUGCUCAGGAAUGCGGUUGGAGGAGCUGAAGGAACGGUUCCAGACGGGCGAACAGGUCCAGCCCGUUACCACCGUCCCACCCCUGACACCGCCAGGAACGGACCUCACCAUGGACCCCUCGACAUUCUGCACCCCCUGUCCCCUUUCUGAGAGCCAGCCGUCACUCGAUGGGGGACGGGCAGGGGUGUCCAUGGGCGUGGCGGUGAUUUUGGCCGGCGUGGAGAAAGAGGGGGAGGGAGAGACGAACGAGGAAGGGACCUCCCCUCUUCCUUGGGCGCAGCGUCACGGAUACCAGUGCAGGGAGAAUGACCUCUGCCACCCGCUACAGCAGGUACCAGAGGGAACUAGGGAGAGCACUCCGAGUCCAUCCCCCGGACACAGCCAGCAGGCACCCCUCCCGCUCUGCCCUACGUUUCCACGGCAACAGAGCCAGGACCAGAGGUGGGGCGGAGCCAAGUCUCGCAGCAGCAGCUCAGCGAGCGCAGCAGAGAGCGUCGCCUUUGAGGAUCGAGCAUCCAAACCACCGAGCGGCCUACGGAGAGCGCCCCCUCAGGACAGGCUCGUGUCGCCGGAGACGGACAGCGGCUUUGUGGGCUCCGAGAGCAGCCACCUCAAUCUGGCGGCACCCAGCCCCGCCCAGCAGGAGGCGAUAGCGAGUCAGUCGCCCCCUCUGGAAGGAGGUGGAGACGAGAUGCUGUCAAUCUGUACUCAGUCCCGCCUUGGGCCCGCCUGCCAGGGACUCACCUGGACAGGUUGCUCCAGGGCUGUCCCCAUCGACUCUGAGGUUCUGCCUUCUGGAGAGAAGGGCAGGCCGGCCCUGCCUCGCCCCCCGAGGCACUGGCCCAGCAGCUCCAGCGGCGAGUUUGAGUCCGAGAGCGACCGCCCCCGCAGUUCAUCUGAGGGCGAGGAGGAGAGCCAGAGUGUCCGUUACAACCGCCCGGCCAAUCGGCGGCGACCCUCCCUCACCGGUCUCCACCGUCAUGGCGACCCUUCCGGAGUCCAGGGUUCUGGCCAGCCGGCAGACCAACAUACGGCCAUCCAGUCCUUGCAGGAUGAGGUGAGCAGGUUGGGGGAGCAGCUGGAGGGCAGUCUACGAAGGAGCAGGCCAUCUUUCACGACCACAGCACCCCCUUUAGUCCUGGAGGACCAACUGCACUCACACAACAGCUGCGCACUAUACCCCAGGUUUUCUCAGUACCAGAAGGAUGAAAGGAGAGAGGAAGAGGGCGAGCAGGAAGAAGAGGGCGAAAUGGAGGGGGAGGAGGUGGAACGAGAGGAGGAGGUCCCCUGUAAGAGGUCCUCCCCUGUCCCACACCUCAGGCCAGAGCUGGAUAUUACCACCGACUCUCAGCGCUCCCAGACCACCUCCAAACCGCAGUCCUACACCACGCGUAUCCCAGAAUCCUUCAGAGCGCGGAGGCGGAGGAAGGGGGAGGAGAGGGCCGAGCCUGUGGAACACGGACGGCCCCACACGGGUGACCAGAGAGCCUCGCCUGGAAGCAGGGAUCCUUUCACUGCAGGGCGUCCAAAGAAGGAAAUAACACAGCGACACCAGCACAGCAUGGCAGCGUCCGGAGGUCCCGAUGAGGUCAACCAGCGACGGAGGCGGAGCCACGCGCACUCGAGCCACGCCCCAGAUGACAUCGACAGGAACCCUACCAGGGCGGGGACUGCAGGAGGCGUGGCUAACACCCGCCACUCAUGCCCCCGCUCUGGAUACCGUAGAGUUCGUCAGAGUUCAAAUGGCCGUCGGGACAGAGCUGACUCAGCAGGCCUUUCAACGCACAGGACCUCAGGCUCCACCCGUCAAAAUGUCUGGCCAAUGGGCUUCACCCGCCGGAAGGAUGGAGGCGUGUUCGUGGCAGCCCCUCCCCCUCCCGUGCUGGGCAGCGUGCCACUGGUGCAGUAUGUGCCAAUCUCUCCAUCCGUGCUGCACUACUCCGCCCCCGCCUGCGAGGCCCCCCUCGCUCAUCCGCGGCCCCCCCACCUGGUGUUGGACGGGGGAGGGCGCGGAGCACGUAGGCGCGCCCGCGCUCUCUCGGCGGACCGGGGAUCCCUCGGCGACUCUCUGACCCGCGCCAUCGAGGCGGCCCGUCACAUGAGGGCGGCGUCCCGGCGCAUGGCCCGCUCGCUCUCCGCCAGCGUCCGCCACCAGGGGGCGCUUUCACUCUCUUAGACUGCACUCACAGGUGAGGGGGCCCAGUCAGCACUGAGUUCUUUAUUAUUUAUGAACCCUUGCUUAACCCGGACGGUCAGCCGAGAACUUAUUUCUUGUAUGAUGACGACCUGGGGAAGUGAGGUGACUAGCGCGUGCACGGGACCGUGCAGCCAGUCAGUCAGCCAUUAACCCUUUGAAGAGUAUUUUUGGAAUUUCGGAAUGUUUUCCAAAUUCUAAGUCAGUGUUCUAGAACACCACUGCUUUCAGUUAACAGUAAUAAUUGUUACAUCAGUAUUGGAAUGUUUAGUUAAGAACAUGUACAUCGCACAUUUCUAAUCUUACACAUUAAAGGGUUAAUGGACGUGAUUAGGUAGCUGGACUGAGAACGAGUUGGGGAAUUUGGACCAGAGUAGUGGGGUUAAUGCUCCAACUCUUCCACAGUGUUAUGGGAUCAUUAAUGGUCAAUGAAGUCAGUAACAACUUUGUUUGUAAUACCAUAGUGUCCCUGUCAAUGGACCACAAACCAUUGGCCCAGUACAGGAAGAAUACUGCCCCCUGCUGGUCUAUGUACCACAUACUAAUGAGGCCAGGCCGGUAAAAUAAGUGUACAGGGUGGCGUGGCUGCUGGGAAUCAGCCUCAACUCUCAGCACUGUCUCUAUCUCAGGGUCAGCUCUAGUGGCACAAGCCUCUGGUUUUUUACUUUUAAUUUUUUUUAUGAUGCAUGUGAUACACAUGAUGUCCCUCUGAUUAUCAUUUUUUCUUGUGUAAUGCUUGUUUUUCAGUUUAUCAUUGGCAUCAUUGUGUGUGCCUCUGAGUGAACCAUUGUGUGUCUGUGUCUGUGUGUGGGAGAGGGAAGGAGAGAGAGAGAGAGAGGGCGAAAAAAAUCGCUGGCAGCUAUUUAGAGCUCUUGAUGGCUUUGUUUAAAAGUCAGGUGUUUACUUCCAACUGAGAAAUAAAAAUGUUUAGGAAGCUUCCAGACAAAUUAGUCAUUUAAAAAACAGUCUAGAUUUGUUGCUAUUCUACAUAAAAAUACCACUAUGCUUUGAUAUUUUAGCAUUGGUAAUGUAAAUAAUAGUAGCUGAAGAUUUGUGAAGAUGUAUGAGACGUUUUGUUAUUUUCAAAAAGCAAGCACAAAUGGUCUGUAUUAAUUUUACAUUAAAUAGACAUUUGCACCUCAGCCCUGCUGUGUGGAAGUACAGGACGUUGGAAAGCGGUACUCCUUUACUGGAUUUGUUUCAGUAUUUUAAGUAUCUGAGUAUUUUUUGAGCAGUAUUUCCUUUUCCCCUUUGAGAGUAUUGGUGUGUUGCUUUUUCAUUGUAAUUCUGCACUUAUAAAUUAAAGCUGUUGAAUACACAGCUGAGUUUACUCACCUAGAAUUGUUUACUGAUUUUAAGGUAAAAACAAAACCAGCCGUGUUGCAGCUCUCCAAAGGCAGCGGGUGCCGCUGGUUUAUAUUAUCACUCUGUUUCUAAAGGCCACGCCCGUUGAAGAGCCCUGUUUUCCAUUAGUGUAAAUGUUGGCAACUUUAGAAUGAUGAGUCACAGUGUUUUGUGAUUUGUCUAACAAGAGCGGACGUGGGAGGAAGAUGCAGUUUGCACAAAAUUCCGCCCUUGCCUUGGCCCCAUGAAAAAACAAACAAACACACCAUUAUCCUACAAAUGAUUUAUUUGCAUCUUGGCUAAUGGCAAAAUGUGGGGUUUGCUGAAUUCUGUUAAUUCCACUUUUCCCAGCCAAAGUCAUCUUGUAUCACCAAAUCUCUGUAGUUGCAGUGCUCUGCGCAACGAGGGUGAAUUCAGUUCAGUGUUUCGAUGGAAAAAUAGCUAAAAUGUUUUUCACUCACAAAUUCAUGACUGAAGAUGAAUUAUUAAAAAUGGUAUAAAAUGAAUCCCCCCACCCCCUUGGAUAUAGGAUGACAGAGGUUGUGAAAUAACCAUGAAAGACUUCAUUGUUUAAAAAUGUAUACAUUUAUUUCAUGCGUUUUUAUGUAUUAUCUUUUUAAAGACCUGUGUUAAUAUACAUUCCAUUGGAUCUUUAAUCACUUCUUAUACCUGGGUAAUGAGCUGCUUUAUAGUUUCCUGCACACAAUUUGUGAAGGUUUUUAGAUGAUUUUGUAAGAGUUUGUAUUUAAAAUGUAUGUUAAGAUGUUUUUACUGUAUUUUACACAAAUGUAACAGCAUACUUCUGAUUGUGUUUUACUGUCUUUUACUAAAAAUGAAAUCAAAUUAUUUUGUAAAGAAUACAAUAAUU